AUGGCAACAAACGCCCCCAAGUUUGCAUUUUCCUUGACAGAUCACCACGGACACUCAGUGACCGAAGCCCACUACCACGGGAAAUACGCCCUUGUCUUCUUCGGCUUCACCCACUGUAAGCUGGUGUGUCCCCGCAACCUGGAGCGCUUGUCAGACGCUCUGAACCAUCUCGGACGCGAUGCAGACAGGAUCAAUGCUCUUUACAUCUCCGUAGACCCUAAGCGAGAUACCCCAGAGCAGAUGGCAAAGUUUCUGCUCAGCUACUCUUCGCAUUUCACCGGUUUAACAGGGACUGUUGAUCAAAUUGAAAACGUCAAGAAGGCCUUCCAUGUAUUCUCGACACGGAAAGGGGACUUCACCGCUCCAGAUGGUUAUACGAUGCCACACACCGCGUUCACGUACAUACAUGCUCCCGAUGGUCGUCUUCUUGACCACAUUGAUGGCAGCCUGGACGUGGAGAAUCUGACUGCGCGCAUUAAGAAAUUGAAUUCGUCAAACUCCGGUGCAGCGGCUACCACCCCAGUCACAUCGGGGCAAGAGCACCUUCAGAUACUAGACAAGAAGCAGGUCGCUAGCAUCCGCCAUAUCGGGAACCUAUCGCGGCAAUUAAAAGGCGACUGGUCCAACAUGAUGGGCCCCAGCGAUCUCAACGACGGAUUCGGCGCCUACCGCUUCCAACUCUCGUACGCCGCAUAUGCGCUCGCCCUGGCUCACUUUCACCGGCUCCCAGCGGCUCCUGGUGUCUUCCAAUCCACGUUCGAGCGCAUAAUCAAGAAGAUGUGCGAGCCUGAUGUAUGGUACUACUGGCGGGAUGCGAGUACAGGUGGGGGCGCGUUCGACACACCAAGGGGCCAACCGAUCGCGAACCCCAUUGAGAAGGACAAUAUAAUGUACAGCGCCUAUCUGCAGACGUUGGUGCUGCUAUACAAUAGUCUGUUUGAUGACGACCGGUACACCAAGCCAGGGGCGUUGACAUUGGAGUACGAGCCGUAUUUCUGGGGGAAAGCGGGCGAGUUCCACUUCGAGUACGACCAGAAGUCCCUCAAUGACCGGGUGUACUGGAACAUGGUAGAAGGAGGAUAUCUGGGUGUCGCCUGUGAGCCCUGGUGCGUUUUCCAGAUCUGUAAUCAGCCGCCUAUUCUUGGGUUUCGUCUGAACGAUGAGCUGAGUUGUGACGGCACGGACACGGCUGGUGAGGUGGCAAAGGGGUACUUGAAGGCAUGGGAAAAGUAUGGGGGUAGUGUUGAUGCCAAUGGGGACUAUAGGUCCCUCGUCGUGAAGCAUAUCAACCAGGUCAUGCCCAGUCUCGGUGCUUGGAGUGAUGCGUGGUGCGCGACUCUGAUGCACGCAUGGAACCCUGACUUUGUGAACGAGCACUAUCCAGCGCAGCGGGAGAAAGCCCUAGUUCGCCACGAAGAUGGCACGCUGUCUGUCAAGAUCCAGAUGCACCCAAGAGCGGCGGAGUCUGAAAAUAUAACCAGGAUCAUGCAGGGCGGAGACUUCGGCUGGGUCGCCGCGCUGGCAUCUGAGAUGGGCGACACGGAAACACUCCAAGGACUGCUCGCAUAUGCUGACAAUAACCUCGCUCCCCGAAUCCAGAACGGAGGCUUUACAUACGCGCGCAGCGAUACGUUGUUUGACGAGAAGGGCAACUAUGCUCUCAGCACCCCCAUGCAGGCCAACGCUCUGCUGCCACUCGCCCGGUUGAAUGUGGCCAACGGCUUCCAACGGCUUUACGCUCGGCCAUGGAGUCCGAAGAACCCGCAGCACUACAAGGAACCCGCGUUGACCGCGGUGGACUUUUCAGUCGAUGUGUACCGGGCAGUGUACGUGGCCGAAAAGAAAACGCUGCUGUUUGACCUGGCGGUGUAUGAGGCGAAUAAGAGGGGGCGUGUAGUUAUCUCACGAGGUUUGGGAAGGGGAGACUGGAUGCUUAAACGAAACGGAGCAUUAAUGGCUUGGGGCGAUGGCACGCAGAUGGUGGGCUCUAACGCGCCCGCGGAUGUGCACCAAGAUGGGGAGACGCUGCGACUUGCCGUCUGGCAAACGGAGGUCACGUCCUAUGUUUUGGAAUGGUAUGAGUAA